AUGGACGUCAGGGUGUUCAACCCUUUCGCACCGAGCUAUCGAAACACCUCCCUCUCUCAGUGCUAUCGUAAGAAUGAACUGGAGAAAAGAAGAGCGUACGACGAAAGAAUUAGAGAAGUAGAACACGGGUCAUUUUCUCCGCUGGUCUUCUCGACAGCGGGUGGUAUGGGUGCCACUGCAAACGUGGUCUACAAGAGAAUAGCAUCCUUGAUGACUGAAAAACACGGCAAGCCAUAUAGCAAGACAAUAAACUGGCUUAGGUGCCGACUUAGCUUUUCAUUGUUACGAUCAGCGAUGUGCCUACGUGGAUCCAGAUCUUCCCACCACAAUCCAAUUAAUUCCUUUGGUGGGGAGAUUGAACUAGCACUAGUUGAAGGACGUGUAUCUUGCUGAACAAAAUUUAAACUGUAAUUGUAUAGGAACAUACGAAAUCGUUUGGAAAACUAAUAAACAGAUGCAACUUAUCGUUUAACUUUAAACAUUUUUUUUUAUUGUAACUAUAAUUUUAAUGUGUAUUUUUAAACUUAUCCAACUUAGAAUCCUGGUCUACGACUUCUGGUCUCCCCUUUAAUCAAAUAAAUAUCGGUCGCUGUCUAUACUCAUAAAACGAAGUCAGUUGUGACUAUAUACAAGAUGAAGGGUGAAACUCUAGAAAUAACAAAAUCGGAACGAGAUCUUGGCGUCUGGAUGUCAACUGAUCUCAUCUGGAAUAAUCAAGUAGUAGCACAAUCUUCCCGUGCUAACAAGUUGCUAGGCUAUAUCAGACGGAACGCACGGUUCAUUCAAAACACCAGCGUGAGGAGGGCAUUGUAUUUAACAUUAGUACGCCCUCACUUAGGAUAUGCCACCCAGAUCUGGUCGCCACAGUCCAUCAACCUAAUUGCAAGAUUGGAAAAGUUCAAAGACGUGCCACGAAAUUUAUUCUCAAUCAGUCGUUUUCCAAUCCAGACAGUUAUACCUCGCGAUUACAGUCUUUAUCAUUACUUCCAUUAUGCUACUGCCAUGAGUUUUUGGAUUUGUUUUUUUUCUUUAAAAUGGUGAGCAAUCUGGUAAUAAUCGAACCUUGAUCUGUAUUACCAAAAACCCGAAGCACCAGACCGACUAGUUCGUCUAUAACCACGGACGUACCUAACUUUGCCAUUCCCAGGAGCAAAAUAACGACGCAUCGACGCUCGUUUCUAAGUCGAACAACCAUGAGGGUGUGGAACAGCCCAGCUGACGAACUGAAACUUUACAUGAUAAAUCUGAACUCAUUUAAAUCUACUAUUCCAAGUUAUUACUUUCGUGCUUUGGAAAUUUCCUACGAUCCUGAAAAUCCAAGAACAUUCAAAACUAUAUGUACCAAGUGUAAUACCGCGCUCGAACUCUGGUUCAGCCUCUUAAGUGCUGCUAUUAGUUAUUAUUUUAUUUAGAUAGUUUUUUAUGUUUGUAUUUCCUAAUUCGGGGCCGCAGUAAUUGGCUCACGCUGUUGAGGUCACCCUGCCUAUAGUCAUGUAUAUUAUUCUUGUUCUUGUUAUAGUUUUGUGUAUUGUAAUAUGGCGAAACUAAUAAAUAAAUAAAUAAAUAAAUGUUGCGAGGUUUAGAAAUGAAGCGAAUGUCCUUUAUUUUAGAUUGUUCUUGUAAUCUUGUUCUCUUUUAGGAAGCAAUAAUAGAUGCUAAAGACAAAAAUGUGUCUCACCUUCCAACUUUCCAAGGUCUCCCAAACUGAUCGAUAAGGGUAACAAACUUAUAGUGUUUUAUAUGAAGCUCUUUUUUGAAAUAAAUGCGUGAGCUUUGCUUUAGUUAAAAGCAUAAAAGGCGUUCUAAAAUCCACAACGAUACUUGGACGUAAUGUUUCAGAAAAAGACAAUGUUAUUUUUUUCAAGUGGUAUUCUGGACAUUUUUGACCGCCAUACGUAAGGGUCGCAUCGCGAACAUUGAGAUAUGAUAUAAAGUUUCCUCAAGUGUUUGCAGUGUUUUCUGCACAAUCUAGCAGCACUUCUAACAAUACUCCAUGAUGACUUGAAAAAUGAGCCAACUACGAGUGAAAUGAGCAGGGUCGAAACUCUACAAACAUGCCACCAUAGAAACUGAAAUUUGAAUGGGCGUUUUGCGAAAACAUCGGACGAUUGUACUAACUUCUACGGGACAAAUUUUGACAUGUAUCGUUGAAUAUUUUCAAAUUCAUACCAAGAAGUCAUAAAGGAUCGUUGAUUACGCCUCAGUUUCUAUUGGGGGGAGGGGGGUGUUAUUUUUUUAAUAUGGCUAUUUUAGGGAGGUAGUUUUCUAUUUUUCUAAAGGAAAAGGGGGGGGGGUAAAUUUUGAAGUUGAAAAUGAUUCUUACAGCAUACUUAUCAAUCAAUCAAUCAAUCAAUACAAUAGAAGUUUAUUUGAAUAAUAUAUACACAUGACAGUACAACAUUCAAAUCCUGCAAUAGUAAGCUAAUCGCGGCAGGAAAUGAAUCUACUUGAAUAAUAUUUUUUAACUGAGUUAUAUGUAUAGAGGGAAUAAGGUAAAUUAUUUACAGAACGAGAGUUUAGAUAAACGAUUGGCUAUGGAAAUUUUUAAAUGAAAAAUAUUAUACAUAACACAAAUAUAUUCUUUUUUGAAAGUAAUUAGAGAGUUAUAAUAAGCUGAAAAUUAUAUCGCCGUUACAUUAGGCAACAUUUUAAUUAUCGCACGUCAACAUAGUCAUUUUAAGUAUUAUUAAAAGAGCUUGAUGUAUUUUAGAUUUAAAAGUCUGUUUACAAGAUGAGCGAAGAUUAAGAUCAAUGCUAUUCCAAAUUAAAGUACCGACUCUAGAAAAUGAACGCUUUUGUAAUUCCAAACGAGGAGAAUUAAUGCGUAAAUUAUCUUUUCCAACCAUUUUUGUAUCAUAGUUAUGAUAUUUAGACGUUUUGGUGAAUAAUUCAUGCAGUGCUUCAGGCGCAUGUAUCACAGUUGAUUGUAGUCAACUUAAGAAGUGAGGAAGUAAACUUGCAGUGUUGGCUUUCUGUUUCCUCACUUCAACUGUGGUUGGGUUGGUGCUAUACUACUCUAAUUCUAGUGAGUCAUGCCACCAGAUGUGGUACGUACUUUAUAACUAUGACCUUUAUUAAAAAAAAGGUUAAUUAUAUACUAGUAGUAAUAUACCCCAUAUGGCAGAAUUUAUAAUGAACUUGCAAGGGCUAUAACGUCACCUCGUUCAGAUAGCAUCGGCUCUGGCGGCGGAAGUAAUUAGUAUGCAACGUCACAAUUGCGUCGCGUUACCAUUAGGUUGUGUUACGUGGUUACGUUACCUGUCACGAAACUCAGUGACGCUAGCAUACGUCACCUUAGGUUGCGUUACCAAGUCACAUUACCGAUUUACAUCACAAUAGAGUAACGUUACCAAGUCACGUUACUUAAUAACGGCACAAAUGAUCAGAGAUUAUAAAUAACGUGGUUCGAACAAACAAUUCAUUCAUUUUAAUCAGUGCGUUUGACAAGUGCAUUUCUGGUGGAUUGCGUUGGAUUGUUUUUAAAAUAGCUCAAUUGGUAAGUUUACAAAGUACUUGUUUUUAUUUCAGAUUAAUUAAUAGGUUGGAUUUAGUCUUUCUGACUAAUCUAUUUUCUUAGAUUAAUAUGUUGGAUCUGAUCAAGGCUUGCGAGUCCGAAAGUGAGCUCGAAUUUCUCGAGUAAUUUGACUGAAGAGCAAAAGCAGGCUGUUCUUCAACCAAAAAAUUUUUUGGACAAUGCGAUGGCUGAAGAAAUUGCACGGAAGAAUCCGGUUGGUGUUGACCCUGACAUGAUGGCGAAUUGGACCGAGGAUCAAAGGCGCCAGUUUACCGAAGAUUGGGCUAAUGACGAUGGAUUGUGCAAGUUCGAACAACUCGUGGAAGUUCCGUUGCCUGAACCGUCGGAGACCCAAAUGGGUGAAGGUGGCAAUCAAAAGCACGACAGCGACGACGUUCCCUCAAAAUGCCAAAGAUCAGAGGAGUAUUUCCGUCACUAUUAA